AUGUUUUAGUCCGAUCGUGAACUUCCGACAUAUGACUUCCGCAGAGUGGAGUAGGUUACCCAUGUGCGUAACGUGGCUACGAGUGGCUAUGGAUGAACUCUAAACAUUUCUCCAAUAAAUUGCAAUCGGGAAGCUACAUCUUAUUUAUCUUGGGCGUAGGCCGCUAUAAGCUAAAAUGGGUAAGCCCCCGAAAAAGAAGAACCUUGCCGAUAAAGUCCGCAAGACCAAAACGUCUGCACAAAUCAAGAACAACCCAUUUGAGGUGAAAAUCAACAGGAAAAAGUUUGACGUCCUCGGCCGUAAGAGCAAGCAUGAUGUGGGGCUCCCUGGCGUGUCCAGAUCGAAAGCUAUUAACAAACGGAAAGAAACCCUUCUUAAGGAGUUUAGGCUGAAAAACAAAGCCAAUAAAUUAAUUGACCGGCGAUUUGGGGAAUACGACACCAAGAUGGCUCCGGAAGACAAAAUUUUGAAAAGGUUCACCUUGGAAAGACAGCGCACACAAGCCAGGAAGGACCUCUACAAUUUGAACGAGGAUGAGGAGCUGACCCACUACGGCCAGUCCCUGGCGGAGAUCGAGAAGCUGACGGAUGCGGUGGACAGUGAGAGUGACUCGGAGGAGAAAGGUCUCCUGUCUGCUGAGCUCACGGCCGCACACUUCGGAGGAGGGGGACUACUGAGGAAGAAGCCUAGUGAGGAUGAUGAUGAUGGCAAAGAGGGCAGGGAAAAGCCGAAGACGCGCCAGGAGCUCAUCGAGGAGCUCAUCCUCAAAUCCAAACAGGAGAAGAGGGAGCGGCAGGCUCAGAAGGAGGAGGCGCAGGAGCUGACGGAGAAGCUGGACCAGGAGUGGCGGUCCAUCCAGAGGCUGAUGGCGCACAAAGCGUCCAGAGCAGAGGGCAGUGAGGAACCCCUCCAGCCAAAGCUGGACGAUUAUGAUGUGAUGGUUCGGGAGCUGGGCUUUGAGAUGAAGGCUCAGCCCUCAGAAAAGCUGAAGACCGCAGAGGAACUGGCCAGAGAGGAAAGAGAACGCCUGCAGAGACUGGAGGCUGACAGGCAGAAGAGAAUGCUGGGAGAUGUAGGCGAGACCACCCAGGCGCCAAGUCACCUGUCAGCUGACGACCUGAACGAUGGGUUUAUCCUGGACAAAGACGAUCGUAAAACACUCUCUUACCAGGAUGGAAAGUGGAAUGUCCAGGAAGGAGAGGAUGAGGAGGGUGUAAAAGAUUCUCAUGAAGAUGAUGCUGAAGGUGAUGACGAAAAAGAUGAUGAUGAAGAGGACGAGGAAGAGGAAGAAGGUGUUGAAGGUCUCUCUGACCUAGACUCUGAGCAGGGCAGUGGAGCUGACGAUGAGGAGGAGGAUGGAGGUGAAGAGGAUGGAGCAGAACAGACUCCAGCCAAAGAUGAAGUCGUUAGUCAGGAGGAGAGGAAAGUCAUGCAGGAAGCUGCCAGAGCUGAACUACCCUACACAUUUAAAGCACCUGAGAGCUACACUGACCUGAAGGCGAUGCUACAGGGUCACACUUCAGAGCAACAGUGCCUGAUAGUGGAGAGAACCCAAAAGUGCCACCAUCCCAGCCUGGCCGUGGGCAACAAGACCAAACUACAGAAAUUGUUUGGCUUCCUGCUGGAGUAUGUGGGGGAACUAGCCACCCAGAGUCCACCAGAACUGACCACAAUAAAUGCGCUCAUUCCGCAGAUAUAUUCCCUUUGUCAGCUUUUUCCUGAUGCAACGUGCAAGGAGAUGCAGACGUUGCUUAGUGACAACGCACACAGCAUGGAAGAGACUAUAGAGGUUAAAGGUCGUGCUGCCUUUCCUGGCUUAGAUAUGCUGGUCUACCUGAAGAUUGUUGCUCUGCUGUUUCCCACCUCGGACUUUCGGCACCCCGUAACAACCCCUGCCUUCCUCUAUAUCAGCCAGGCCCUCACCAAGUGUCCAGUGGUGUCUCUAGAGGGAACUCUAUCCGGGUUGCUGCUCUGCUGUUUGGCCGUAGAGUUUGUAUCUCUCUCGCGGCGGUUCAUCCCAGAGCUCAUUAACUUCCUGCUGGGGUUACUGCACCUGGCUGUUCCCUCUGACCCCUGCGCAGGUUACCGUGUGGUUCCUCCAUUCCGACAGCAGGGGAAAGCCAGGGAGCUGCUCUUGGUUAGAGAUCCUGAAGCCUCCUACAGCUGGAGAAAGAAGCCCCUCCCCCUCACACUCACUAACAUACUCACCGAGUUGCAGAGAGACCACUACAGACUCUCUGUGCUGCACACAUGCCUGGACCUGGUGAAGAGAUGCACCGCCCUUUACAGAGAGCUUCCUUCCUACCAACAGAUCUUCCAGCCAAUCAGAACCCUUCUAGCCAAACAUCUUCCUGUGGAAGGCUACCCCACACCCCUGCAGGUGCUCCACAGAGAAAUACUGGAGGACUUGCCAGAAAGCCCUUCCCAGCAUGCACCGCUUGUGUUUGAGAAGAAGAAGCCCAUCCCACUGAAACUGUUGGAGCCAAAAAUAGUAGAAGUACUAGACUACGGGAAGAAGCGGGGGAGUACCAAGGAGGAGAAGGAGCGAGAGAGACUCAAACACAAGUACAAGCGGGAGUUCAAGGGCGCACUGAGGGAGAUCAGGAAGGACACGCGCUUCCUGGCACAGACCAAACUCUCCGACAUCAUGAGCAGGGAUGCGGAGAGAAAGAGGAAGGUGAAGGAGCUCUACGGCAGCUUGGCCACACAGGAAGGAGAGUGGAAGGCACUCAAGAGGAAGACACAGAAGUGACGUCCAGAGGACAUGUCCUGCCGGAUGCCUCGCUGCCACCAGGGGCAGUGACGGUUGUUCACUCGUCCCUCAGCCAAUCGCCACGCAGCAGGGGCUUGAGGAGACUGGAGGAUGGGGAAGGCCUCAGGCGCCAUCUGUCUUGGCUAAAGAGGAUUGGAUUUAGGUUUUCUGAAAACAAAAAACAUUUCUUUCUUGUUUCUCUGUUUUAAAUUGCCCAGUUUUGAGAUAUAAAAUGACACAAUAAUUCAAACUUGUGUGUUAAGUGUGGCCUUUAUUAUAAAGUGCGAUCUUUAUUAAAUGUGAUCUUCAUUAUUA